AUGCUGGGGAACCCACUGACGAGCCGAACCCCUCGCGGCCGUGCCAUGCAGCAGCAGAGUAUCGGUGAAACACGCGUGUAUGGGCUUUUGGCUAGUACCUGUACCGUUAGUAUGGUAUCACCUUACCCCAAAAAUCUGUUCAGUUAUCGGAAACCUUAUAAAAGGAUUUUCGCGAUUAGCCUCAGACCCUCGUUCAAUCAACAUGCCCAGUGCUUCUUACAGCUGAAGUCUCCUCUCAUAUGGUCGUCUUAUUAGGCGGUCCUUUUGAAGUUCCAAGCCCAAUAUUAGCCUUGAACUGUUUCGCAUUUGCAAGGGGGUUUGUAGCCGCGCACCCUCUGGUCGAUUAUCAUGCUGACUGUUAGAGUAAUUAGUCAGACCCGGCCACAGCGACUGACAACUGGUUCGACUGACAUUGCCUGCAAGCCUACUGGCCGAGUCAUUAUCAUGCCAAUCACCCAAGUCGAUGAUCAGCUUGUGGAACAUAAGCAGGCGAAAGAGACAAAAACAGGCAAUUGUCGCACCACCAAUGAACAUCAGCGACGACACGCGGAAGCCGUUAAUUUUAGUAUGUUGUGCAUCAACUGUACCCCGCAGACGCUGCAGCCCCUCUGCGUGCAACAUCUCCUCCAGCCGUCCUCUGAGUGUAAAGUUCAAACACCGGCCGAAUAAAAUUCUUUAUCCGGCGGUCGAGUCGUCUUCGCCCCAUUUACUGAAUAAAGCCAUCCUACUCGUACGAGGCCAAAGUGUGCCAAGAUAAUAACUGCUCUGGCCUUGUUGCGCUUAUUACAUUCUCUUUUUUUUAUUUCAGUGGCUCUGAUUUGCAUGCACCAGUUAGGGUCGCAUAGAUUUUAUGGCCUAAAAAUACACAACGAUAAUUAAGCAUAUCCCACAAUAAGUGUCGAUAGGUUCGACAGACAUGCCUGUUUACUGACAAAGACUUUUCAGCCGAAAAAUACGCUUGGUUAAGGAUUCAAAACGGACUAAUGGUAGCGCCUGCUCGAUUUGUAUUGAUAUGCUUUGCAGCUAAUGUAUUCUGUAUAGUAUCGGGCCAUCCUGGGAUAUAUUAACUAAAAAUCUAGUAUGCUUUCAAGUAGGAAGAAUUACUGAGAUGGGGUUUUAAUAAUGAGCAUCAAACAGUAAAGUUCCAAAAUAUUUCACUCCCGCCAGCAUAUCUACUUUGGAAUGAGCCUCUUUUUGAUCGCCCGCAAAAACCGCACUCGGUAAAGAACGAUUAUCUAAGUAGCGUGAGCUUCUGCCAUUAAUUUUCAGUGCCAACACAGAUCCAACUAUAUUCGUGGGAAACAUACUUAAAAUCAUUACUUCUUAAAAAUAUUUGGUAGUAAACUGCGUAUUCUGUAAAAUGUAAAACUUGAAGAAAGGGUAUUUUUUGAUUUAAAAGACGGUUAUUUAUAUGAUUUUUUAAGACUGUGAAUCGUCCAUUCAUACCACAUCAUAUGUGUUCGUGCUGCUUAUGAGAUAAAUAGAAUGGCCCACACCAAUUGUAAAAAUGUAUGAACCCUUUGUGAAUAAAUUUGAAACACUCCCCACACGUGAGGCAUGUAAUGUGUCCUUUAGAAAUCCCUAGCGCAAGUGCGACUGUCGGUAGGGUUUGAAGUUAUUAGGGGAUCAAAACUAUUUGAUUAAACCCAAAGAUACCACUUUUUCAAAUACAAAAGAGGAGAUGUGAUUUGCCGCCUAACGGCGGCAAGGAAGAAUAUUUAUUCACGGUUUCUAUGCAGUAUAAUAGUAUUGGAAAUAGAUAGGAUAAAGGCAUACUAGUUAACUAAUUACUCUUUACCUAACGUAGUCCUGUAGGCGGCGAAACGAAGCUCAUUCUAAAGCUGGUGCUCGUGCUUCAUGGAGAUCAGUAUUAUUAUCUUUCAUAAGUAUUGCCUUCUAGUCUAAUUUCUAGUCUAAUUUCUAGUCUAAUUCUAGUCUAAUUUCGGCUGACAUUUCAAGAAAUAGGCCAAAGUUGAUUUAUGAAUUUCACACUAAUUCCAACAUAAAAAUAAAUUUAAAAAUCGCACUUCGUGAUUGGUUUAGAGGCAGUUGAAUUGUGCUUCGAGUUUCUUACUUCGAAAUAGAGAGUUUGUCAGUUUUUAAGACUUUCACUGAGCUGACCAGUCACGUUGCUUGAUUUAUUAAUGUUCUCCAGAAGUCGUGCAAGUAGAUUCUUGUUUACUGAUACAUUUUAUGAACGCCAUCUUUUGUUAUACUGACAUGUAGGAUCGUGAGAAUUUACUUUAUCGUUAAGUGAUAGCACAUUGUAUGAGGUCUGUUAGUGAGAUGAGUGUGCAGGUUGAAAACUUUGUUAAAGCUUUUCUUCGACCGUAUUAUUUGUAAGAUUAACGUAACCUGGACAUGAAAAGGACGGACUUUUGCACGUUUUCUCUGCAAUGCUCCUUGAUGAUGUGGCGAUAGAAAAUGUUCGAAACAUCAUCGCAACGUAAUAAGUGGGUAUGUGUUUCCCAAUAAUAUGUUCGAGAGCAUUCAAAACGGACUUCAUGCGUAGUUGGUUGACAAAGGAUACUGAAAUACUGGAGAAAAGCGGCAGAAUGAUUUUGAAAAAGUUACCGAAAACCUGAGUAACGAAACCAAAUAAACCCAUAUCUAAAAUGGUAAAUAAAAAACAGAGUACUCGGUGCCCUAGCAGUUCCGUGGUGGAGAUGAAUUUUCAAGUACGAUGGCACUAUAAUCGGUUCCCAAAUUAAUCGAUAUCUCAAGAAUGCAGGCGCAUUUCAAACCCCAAUCAGCUCAUCUAUAACAUGACGGAUGAAUAUUGGAUUAAGGAUAAGGGUUUAAAACGGGUUAGGGAAAGAGUAGUGUGCCUGUUGAGUAGAUUUUUUGGGUUUAUCAUCACGAAGGGAGAUUGAUAGUGAUGACCGCCUGUGCGUAGACAGUCGCACGAUGACCGAUGAUAUGUGCAGAAGAGGGCAAGUGCGUUUGACUUAAUAACGCUCAAAAACCUUGGGUCCCACAAACCUGGGAUUAGCCGCAGCUGGCCAACGAAGGUCAAUAGCCCAGAAACGGCCGUUCCAGUCUGCCUUGUCUUUGGGGCACUCCCCUUCUGCAUGAACGGAGGUUGUGUUUCAGCAGGUGUAGACCUGUGUGAACUGUCAAAAUGGAGAUAUCGUUCCGCUUCCAAAAACUGAUCUUAAAUAAACCACAUGUUCUAAAUUAAGACACAACUGCAAAGUGAACAUUUACGCAUCACUUCCAUGGCACGCAGGUGUCUUUGUCCUAGACGUGGGCGACAGCUAAAAAAGAUGCACACAGUUUACAUAAUGGGUGUAUACUCAAGUUUUUCUAGCACAGCUGACCAAAAACACCAUCUAAUGCGCAGUUUUUACUAUUUACAGCACGUAAAAACAUUUUGGUAGGUAUUUCGAAGUCCAGCACACACACACACACACGCACUUUAAGGCCUUUGCUGGCACUGCGGUAAUAAAAAUUGUCCGCAAAUUAGUGACCAAAUCGGACUAAGGAGGAUUUCCCCCCUAAACUUCUCGACCAUCCUCCUCCCUACCCUUUCAGGUGCCAACUUCCAUCUGCUACUUCGAUUGUAUACCCAGUUGCACAUUUGAAGGAGAAGGCAGCGCGGCCAUCUGCAAGGUGCCUCAGACACUAGCCAACGUGGUGGAGUCGUGUGAAUAUCAAAUCAUUAACUCCGCCACGAUUCUGGUAAAAUACACGGUGAACAUGGAAGCCCUAGACAGUACCGGGAACUGGAGUUGUGAGUACCAGGGUGUGAGGGCGCGACCUCUCUUGCUUCAGGCGGCGGAACGUCAAAUUUCAACACAACGUCUCUCUCCUCCAGUAACGUCGAGAAGCCCCCCGACCAAGCUGGAACCUACGGACCCUGUUCGCAUCGAGUCCCUUGCUCCGGACAGACCUCGAGCUACGGCUGGUAGGUCACGCAUGUCCUUAUGCAUUUGCUCUGGCACAAAUUAGACCAGUAAACAUUGGUUUACAAUUUUAUAUGCAGAAAGAUCGUGCAGUGCCCACACCCGCCGUGGACAUAUUUGUCCGUUUACAAGAUUCCCCUGGGGUAUCUUGUUCAUUGUUCAAGCCUUCAGAGAGUUGGGUCCGGUGUCCGUGUUUCAGCCCGUCUGCUAGUUGAGAAAGCAUAAAAAUACCCUAACCAUGCUCUCCAUGCACGCAACAGUUGAGAGCCCCUGAACUUUCCGGUGCUGAGACAUGUGCCUUUUAAAUAAAUUUUGCGCGUAAAAUGACGUCUUUUUAUGGAAGACGUCGUUUCCUCCUAGACAGCUUCCCGGUGAGCUUCUAUCCGGUCCUAGUCUUCAGCGUGACCAGAAGGAAAUAUUAAAUUAUCUUUAUAUAGGAAGAGAUCUUGCAAGUCCAGAUUCAAAGACCUACUGAAGGACCUGCGCUGCCGAUGGUGGGGUAGAAAAAUCUGUCUACCACCCCCCUCUCCUAGUAGAUGGUUGAAUUCUUGCGUGUUCAAGGUCAGGACAUGAUGCCUGGAUCGACAAUAAGUCAUCGGAUGAAGAAGGGGGACUGUUAAUAGGGCCCUUUUGCAUAUAACCGACACUUGGUCAGGUGCAGCACCAUCUUCCAAAUGUCAUUAUUGCAUUUAGAGUAUGUCUACUACUCGCCGUGAUGGGUUCCUGUCGGCGCAUGUACGAAAGCUGUACGGGUAUCAGGUCUUGCUGAUAGAAACCCCAGUUGGAAUUUUGGUGGGUGUGUUUCGCCUCCACCCCUCCCCCGCCCUCCUCCGGUCCUGCGCUCUGAUUGACUAAGCCGCCCCCUCCACGAGGCCGUCUUGCUAACCGAUGGCGUACUUUUGGCAGAUUAAUCAUACUAAUUGCCCCGCAUGUUGUAGGUCAGGUCUUCAGAAUAUACUGAAAAUUGCAUCUGAUUGCCGAGGUCUGAUCCACUACGCAUGCCUGGCAAAGUGCAGGCGAAAUAAGCCUAUCUAUUCGUCGACCCAUUGCCUCUAAUAGGUAAAGUUUUGUGGCAAUCUCCAGACUCAUUGUCAGUAUUUCAUACCUGUACAUAUAGUCCAAAGUAGAGUGUCCGGGAAAGCAGACUUUGCCCAUAUUACGAAUAUGGUCGCGGUAAAAUUGUUCAAACCAGAAGAGAGACGAGCUGCAUUGAAGUUCAACUUCACUGACUGUGGCAGCAAAGAAGCACGUUAUUCAAAACGAAGGGCAGUGGGAAAUAAAUGUCCUUAGUUUGGAAAAAUAGGCUGCCCAAAGGGUAGGUCUGCUUCCUCGUCAGUGUCUCAUAACUUGAUGUAUGCCUUUAUUUCCUAGAAGGGGAACAACUAAAUCCAGCAAGAGGAUGGAUUUGGGGUGAGGCCGAAGUUGUCGUGAUUAACAGAUGAAAAAAAUGAAAGCCUUGUCAUGCCGUUGCUUUCCUGCCCAGAAGUAUUCUAAAUUUGUAAAAAUUGACUGCUCACACUUCUAGAGCCAUCAGCUAUGAGUUUGCAUCAAAUAACCGCAAAAUCCGCCGGCUGAACGCAAUCUAGUCUGUACUGAAAUUAAAUGUUGCCGUUGCUGCUGUCAUGCUGUGGUAUCAUGAUUCAAGGACCGCGAGUUAUUUAACUUUCUCCAAUUUACUUACUACUGCGGAAAAUACUGAAAAACUGUUUCACUGUAAUAUGUUGGGGUUGCGUUCACCGAUCGGGUCAGAAGGCUUGUUCAUACACGCAGUAAGGAAUGUCAUAAAAGACAAGGAAGACUGCGGUGGCCUAUUCGUCGUCAUCAGAGACCAUUCUUAACCCCAGACUUGGAGCGCUUGGAGUUUAAAUCCGGGAUCUUUGAUCACUGAGUCGAAUGCUCUUUCAAAUGAGCCAUGGACCAGUUGUCCUGUUGGUUUGAGAUCACCAAUCGGCUGCGCCUUGAGACUCUAAAUUGAGUCUCAAGCCACAGUGGGACGAUCAUGUUCGGAUAGACCAAUGCAAAUCCGACGUAAUUAAUAUCCUCGAUCGCAGAAGAUAGGACAACUGCCCUGUGACUCUGUGGUGGAGAGCUCUCCGCCAAAUAAUGUUUGUUAACAGAUAGAGGUUUUUUGGUUAAAGUGCCUUUUCUCAACCCAAUCUUCCCGCCGUUGUCUCAAAGAUACAAUUGGCCCAGCGAUCUCCCAGUGCUCUGUCGUUUAAAACUGUCCGCAUUCAAGCAGGAAAGAAAGUCGAACUUCGAAGAAAACGAAGAAGAAGAAUAAAAAAAGGACAUAUUUUUGCUAUGGAAAUAUCUCGCAUAUCUGACGCUGCCAACAACUAGAGAUAUUGUGUAUCGUCGCAUAGUAAAAACAGCGUUCUUUUAAAUUUUUCGUUCGAUGUUUUUGCAUCCGCUGUUUCAACUGGCAUUUUCCAUCAUAGUCGCCGCGAUGCCUUUGAAACGGCUCGGCUUUGAGGCAAUCACUAUAGACUUCACAUGCCUUCAUGUGUUUACUACAGGGAUGUCAAAACCCCCAAUAAUUAGCCUUCCACAAGAAAUGUUAGUUUGAACUCUGAAAUGCGUUUUUGGUCAGAUAGGAUUGUUAUGGUGGGGCCAAAAUAAUGAUUAUCAUGCGACAGAAUCUCAAAAUAUUUCAGUCGCCUCAAAAUGCCAGCUUUCGAAUGAGUUUCUUUUUGGUAGUCUGCGGAAACUCUACUCCGUAAAAACCACUUAAGUAGCAUGCAUGUUUGCAUCCACUUUCGAGGUCCCUAUCAAUGCAAAUGUGCUUUUUGUAAAACAGAGUCAAAGAUUUCCUUGAAGAGCUGUUUUUUCCGAAUGUGGUUCCCGCAGGCUGACGAAAAGCUUAUCAGCAAUUCGGCCUCCUGGCGCGACUGAAAUAUCUUGAGAUAAUACUGCAUGAUAAUCACCGAUACGACCCCAAAAACACGUUUCAGAAUAUCGAUCAACAUGUCAUGACUUCCUCACUUGAUUCAACGCAAUCACCUGCCAUUUCCGCCAUGAAACCGUGUUGAACGAACAUGCUUAUGAAAGGGCUUUGAUUGGAGGUUAAACCUGGAUGAAGGUAGGCGGAAUGUCCCCCGACGGAGGCAGGCGAGAAUAUUUUUUUCCCAUUGCAGCCACUUAUUCCGUCCAACGAGAUCGUCUCUAAUUUUGUCUAACGGUUCACGCUAAUGAUAUCUAAGAUAGUUCUGUUGCAGGUAACUAUAUGAAGCAGUAAGUUUCUGCCUAAAUCUACGCAUUACCAUUUCCCAACGACAGGUUGGAGCGCGGUUAAUUUUUGAAGGGUGUAUCUUGCAGUAUAUUUGACUGGUAUUAUAUCAUAUUUGCAUUCUUGUUGUAGAUGGUGAACUCUCUGCUUCAAAAGGUCCCGCAGAGCAUAAAGGGGAGAGCGGACUCAACAUAUUAGCAAGUAAGUAAAUUCUAAGAAAAUCUUGCAGUCUGACUAAAGAAGGCAAAGCGCAGAGUUGAUGGUAUCAAGACUGGAUAUUCCUGUUGAAAGGCAACCGAGUCGAGUAUAAAAUGGAUUUUGGACAUUUUUCUUAAGAAAUUUAUUUUACAGGACACAAUGUGGCAUUCACAUAGCUGACUAGGGUGCAACGUGCUUUGUCGUCUGCAUGCUGUGAUGUAGGAAUUAACGCGGGAUACUGUUUCCCAUUAAGCAUUUUCAAGCGCAUUUAAUUUCACCCUCUCAUUUGAAAACUCACCAGUUAAUAUCGGCUAAUUUUGCGUUAAUUUCGUUGAAUACCCUACGGUCUUCGAAACGAAUGCACCUGAAUUUGCACCAACACGCUCAUAUUUAAACGGGCAGAUUAGAUUGGGCUAGAACAGUUUUUUCCUGAAUAUCUGACCACCUCAAGAUGAACACAUGUGAACCGUCAUGAGGCCUUUAAUUGCGACUACAAAAACUGGGUUCAUAAUGCCAAUUGCUAAGUCAUGACCUGUUUGCGUUGAAUUUCAGUUCUAUCCAAGACGCGACCGGAAGUUAUAUUGGCGCUGAUCAUUGUGGUCGUUCUCACGAUGCUUGUGAAUUCCGCCCUCUUUGUGCGUUGUUGCCUCACCAGCUCCUACUUUGGUGAGUUCGUUUCCCAAAUUGGUAGACUUACGGCCAAAAGCCACUGUUACACAUUGUACCUUGGCAUGCAGCCAAAGACAAGCCAUGUGAGGUUUCCUGCUCUGAACGAGUUUACCCUAACUGAAUGACUGAAACUUUGCAUAUUUGGUCUUUUGUGUAGAUUCACUCAAGAGAGGCAAGCCAGAUCAUGGUCUGGGUAGGUUGCUCUGCCUCGAAUCAAGAUCUGACAAGUCCUAUCAGAGGCCAGAAGUGACGGUACACCCUCUGCCCGUGCAACCUGCUCCCUACUACUACCAGCCUCAGGGUUCGGUCACUUUCCUGCCGCACAGUGACUGUUCCUCCAAAUUCCCCGAACCCUACGCCCACGUCCGCCCUUACGUCGGCCGUGGCGGUAGCGGAAGUGAUGUGCGUUCACUUGCAGGCAGCCAAUCAGACCGGGGCCUGCCCGUCCGUCUGUCAACAUCAUCAUCAGCGGGAGGAGGCCUAAGAUCUGGCCCUACCGUUCCUACUUGCGCUGCAGCUACCCUGUCCAAUGAGACCCUCAGCAUCACCUCCAGCGCGAGGGGCAGCAGAGAGUACUUUCUGUCCGGUGAUUCUGCCUCCGGUCACAUCCUGCCGCCCGUCUACUGCCUAAAGACGCCUGAGGGGGCUGCUGCCCCAAAGGAGGCUCAUGAAGCCGCGAUGGGCCGGUCCGCAGGCCACUCGAAGGAUCAGUUGCGGGGACUGAGCUAUGGCCAUCCCUAUCCACCUAGCACGGUCAGCACGACCAUCUACGACGAUCUCAGUGCCUCCAGUUAUCACGCGGUUACGCCAAUGCUGGUUCGUCUGCCUGCUGGAGAGACCGGUAUCAUCCUCUGUCACCGGCCGGACACGCUGCCUGCGGGAGCUGCUGCAAUGGCGCCGCGCCCUACGGUGGUAGCCAAUGACUACACUUUCGCGGGCUGCACUCCAUCCCAGGUGCCACCACAGAGCCCAUCUGUUGACGAGAACUGCACAGUGAGCACUCAGAGCACGGAGUCCGGUGAGUACGGUAACAGCAGGGUGUUGCGGACCUUUCCAAGCCGACGAGGAAGACCCUGUUUACCCUCGCCUCCACCGCCGCCACCACCGAGAGGAGAAGAGCAGUUCUCUCCGAGGAAGGAGGAGGAGGAGGAGCAGGAGGAGGAGGAGGAGGAGAAAAAGAGUUUGCUCUUACUUCCUAUGACAGACACCGAGACACAAAUAAAGAAGCUGAGGAGCAAUGAGCCGCCGAAUGCAAAGGAACCCUACGUGUUGUUGUCCGGCACAAACCCCUGA